GAGACAACUGCAUUGACCUGAAAUGCAUUUUAUUAUAUUGUUUUCCUCAGUACUGGCUAUAUGAGUGCUUUGCAGUAAAAUGUGGGUUCACAAAUUCAUGGAGACCAGGAGUAUAUGCAGAGAGGGCUCGGAUACAAGGCUUCAUAUGAUUUGAUGCAUGAUUUAAACAGAUAUAAACCAAACUGCAAUAUUGCAUGAUUGACCUGGAUUGUAAUUGAGCUGCAGGCCUCAAUUGAGUCGAGAUUUUCUCGUGGCAGUUCUCAGAAUUGGUAGCACAGGGCCGGGGUUUCUGAUUUCUGCCUGUCAUGUCUGAAGAUCAUGAGAGUUAGAAAGUUAGAAAAUAAGGGUGUAUGCGCAGGCUCAAGUAUGAAGUUAGUCUAUAGAACAGCUGCAAGUACCUGAACUCGAGUUAGGAUGACAACUAAAUAGGACAGGGGACAGCUCACGACUGGAGUCCACCAUCUGCUGAUUAUACCUUUUGUAAAAAAGGCUACGAUUUGGAUACUUUGGUCAAUAAAACUAUGUGUGUAAUUGCAUAGAAGUCAAUGCGAGACAUGGCUACCUACUUGUUAAAUUACUUAGCCAUCAGCAAGCUUAAGCAACACUUGCCAAGUGGAAUGGUUGGGUGCAAAUUGAUUGAGUACUCCAGCGGGACAAUGUUGGAAAGGGACCCGAGUUUUCUCCUUCAUUCUCAGAAAAGUACUCUUGUGCAGAGGUAUGUCAUCUAACAUGGAGUCAAAAGAGAAAACAACAAAGGAAAGUGGGAGAGUUAAGAUGGAUAAAAAGGCACACCCUCAUGUUGAUACCUUGUCAAGUGUGGUAGAUUCAAAGGAAAAAUCACCAAAGGAAGGUAAAGGAAUAGUGGAUAAAAAAGGUUCAAAACCACCAUCCUUAUCAUCGUUGACAAUUAAACAAAAUGGAGUUAAUUCGCCUUCUAGCCCAGCCAGCAAAUCCCCAUCCGCUGGAUCGAGUCAAAGUGGAAGCAGGUCACCAUCACCGUUUGGACAGCGCCCAAGAUCUCCAUUGUUUUUUGGACACAGUACAUCAAAAUUGACUUCUUCACCAGCUAACAGUACUCCUUCUCACGUUCCUUCCAAGUCCCCCAGUAGUGUUUCUGUUGAUGGUGGUCAUAAAACACAUUUUCCGUGGACCAAGUCUUCUUCUUCAGAUGGGCCCUCACAAAGCCCAGAUCCCGAUGCUGUGGCACCUUUUUCUAGGGACACUGCUAGUGCCAGUGAGAUUCUUACUGUCAGUAAAGAAAAGGGGGGAAAGAGAGAAGCGCGGAAAAAGCCAGAAAUCAGAAUACAAUUAACAGAACCUCCAAUGAGUCCUAAAAGAGGUCAAGAGAUGUUCGAUAAUCGCGUGAACCAAAUGCGCCUCAGUUGCUUGGAGGAUGACCGUCCAGCCACUCCUGUCUCUCCAGGUAUUGGGAUUCGAACAGCGACCAUCCAACAACUAGUGGAAGCAACAGUUGAUUCAUUUGAUGAAAAUGGCGCAGUAAUAGACAGUACAGACUUCCCCAGAGUCCUGUUCCUUAUGCAUAGAUGGUUCAUCUCAUCUGAAGAGUUAGCUCAGAAGUUGAUAGAAGUUUACCAGAGCUGUGAUAGCUAUGUGAUAUGUGAGCAGACAUGUCAGCACACGAGUUCCGAGGGAAAUAAGUGCCGGCGGAAUCAGUUCAAGGCCAGGGUAUGCCAUGCUGUCAGGUAUUGGAUCAAUAAUUUCCCAGUCCACUUUGAUCCCAGGGGGGACACCAAGCUCGCAGCAGUGGUCCACAACUUUGAAAAGGUUAUACAGGCAGAAGGAAACAAUAAGUUAAAAGCAUUAGUUGACAUAUCAAAAGUGCCAUCCUAUGACUGGAUGAGAAUUAUCUCUGUGCGAAACCCCAGCACGCGCUCACAUUCCAGAAAAGUCUCUCUCGUUUUCCAACACCUCCAGCCCAAUGAAUUAGCCGAGCAGUUGACUUUCUUAGAAUAUAAAGCAUUUAGAAGAAUCACAUUCACAGAUUUUAAAAACUAUGCAGUCCAGGCGUCUCUGAAAGACAAUCCAAAGCUAGAGCGGUCUAUUGCUCUCUUCAAUGGGUUAUCUCAAUGGGUUCAAUGUAUGGUUCUCAGUAAAACCACUCCAGAACAGAGGGGGCAUGUGAUACAGAAGUAUGUCAAUGUAGCCAGGAGAUUAAGAGAGCUGCAGAACUUCAAUACAUUAAUGGCUGUUGUAGGUGGUCUCACCCACAGUGCUCUGGCAAGGCUCUCCAAGACCAACGCUUGCUUGAUACCAGAAACUCAAAAGCUUUUAGGAGACUACACAGAUUUACUGUCCUCCAGUAAUAAUUUCAGUAACUACAGGAAAACCCUUUAUCAAUGUAAAGGAUUUAGAAUACCCAUAUUGGGUGUUCACUUGAAGGAUCUCAUUUCACUAAAUACCGCAGUCCCAGACCGAGUUGACAACCUCAUUAACUUCCGCAAAAUGGCUCAGCUGGCGGCCAUCUUCUCCGAGUUGACAUAUCUCCAAAGUAUGCAGCAACAACAACUGCCUUUUGAUACCAACUUAGAUUUGGCUAACAUGCUCCGGUGCUCUCUAGAUCUGAAUUAUACAGAUGAUGAUAUAUAUGAGCUGUCUCUUGCCAGGGAACCAAGAAAUUCACUGUCUUCACCCCCGACUCCAACCAAACCAGUUGUGUUCGCAGACUGGGUCGCAGGCAUCAGUCCUCCCGAUCCCGUACUUAUCAACAAACAUGUCAACGACAUGGUGGAGGCCGUGUUCAAAAACUACGACCUGGACAGAGAUGGGUUCAUUUCACAUGCGGAAUUUGAAGAUAUUGCUGGCAAUUUUCCAUUUAUUGAUUCUUUUUGUGUCUUGGAUGCUGACCAAGAUGGAAUGAUCAGUAAGGCUGAGAUGAAAACCUACUUUGUCCGUGCCAACUGCCAUGCCCUACGGAACAGUUUUAAGCAUGCCUUCCAUGAAACAACCUACUUCAAGCCAACAUACUGUGUACACUGCACAGGUUUGUUGUGGGGUCUAAUAAAGCAAGGUUGGAAGUGUAAAGAUUGCGGUAUCAAUGCCCACAAACACUGUAAAGACUUGGUUGUGAUGGAGUGUAGAGGCAAGCAGCACAUGGGGAGCAGUAGUCGAAGCAGCUCUCUCAGCAGUGGAAAUGGCCACGGAACGAGCAGUCCAAAAGCCUAUGAUCUCACCACUACUUCCAAGCGAAAGAUGUCCCACCGGUGGCGCGCCAAGCACCAGUCCACUCAGACAGAGGAAUGUGCAGACCUGAGCCCAAAGAAUAGCAUGGAAGAAGUGAAUGGUAUCAAUAAUGAAGAGUUUUACGAGGAUCCAACAUCCCUGUAUGAAAGACUGGUUGAAGCAGAGGAGACCAGAGACAAGCUCCUGGCAGAGAACAAAUCCUUAAAAGCGAAACUGGAAAACCAGAGUGAUCAAAUAACAACUCUCAAGUCCCACAUAGGACUGAUACGCCAGCACACCAUUACUUUUAUUCUGGAUCAGAUGGACACAUUGCACAUGCAAAGAGACACCGAGGUCUGAAAACAGUUGGUCACCAAGACUGUUCACAGGGAUUUUUUGAAUAAGAUAACAUGAAGAGUAGUUAGCAUGUGGUCAAACAAUCAAUCUUGUGUUCAUGUAUUUGAAGCAGUGACGUCAGUGAAACACAGCAUGUAAAAGCAAUGAACAUUGUCUUAAUAAAACCAAUGGGACUUGUGGUAAGUUCUGCUGGAUUUUUUUUUUAAUUUAAGGUUCUUAUACUUAUACCUACCUACAUGUACUAUACUCAUUUCUUUAAAUUCCAAACCUGAAUAUUUAACUGUGAUGAACCAGUGGAGCAAACAUACAGCCAAAAGUAUGUCAGUCAACUUGGUGAUUUGUAUACCUGCUUGUUUGAUUCACAAGGAACAGUUGUUUGGGACAUUCUGGAUAUGCAAAAGGCAAGGGGAAAACUUCCAAAUUGAAGGCAUUGUUUUGAAUAGUUUAUUUUGAUCUACAUUGUACCUCAGUACACCAACAAUAAGCUGUCUGAAGCUUUUACACACCAGACAUUGGUUUAAUACCAGUAAUUUCUACACCAUUUCUACACCAUGAAAGAACUUUUACACACCAACAAGGUUGGAUUGGUUUUCAGAAGUGGAAAAUACCUAUGGUUGACUACAAGGAAUGACUAAAAAAAUAUGAAAUUGUUUACACGAAACUGUGCUUUGUGUCUGAGAUGACAAAGGAUGUAAAAAGAAGAAAAAAGACUUAAUUUGUGGUGGAAAUGCUCAGUGAUUAUUAGUGUUUUUCUGAGACCUGCAUCAAAAGUGAACUCUUUAUCAUUAGAGUCAUUUUUUGUCAAGUCUAAGUCGAAAGGAGAUGCUCUGUGGUCAAAUAAUUAUAAAGUUUUCAUAAAGAGACUUUAACCUAGCAGGGUUGCUCGCUUGGUUCUUUAAAUAGAACAAUAAAGAACAACAACAGAGCUCAUAUCUGAUCAUAUAAAUGACUGCUGGCUGAAAGAAAAUAAGGCCAGUAUUGUAUAUUUAUUUAUUUUUCAUGUAAAGUAUUUAUUGUUAAUGAUUCCAAAUUGAAGGUCAUGCUUCUCAUGACACGGCUAUGGUUCUUGGUGUAAGGUAGUGGGUAGUUAAUUACUAUAUAUGCUUGAAGAUGUCUCUUUGCUAUGGAUGUGCAUUUAUGAUAACUUAAAUCCAAUAUUUAGUGAAUGAUGGGAUAGGAUUAUUUUUUCUACACAUGGUCAGAAUAUUAUUUCUACCAACAGUCAAUUUAUAUCAUUAUUUACAACAUAGGUUAUAGCUUUAAGUGUGUCUGUUGUUUUAUUUAUUUUAUUUCAUAUAUAUAUAUAGUUAACUUAUAAAUAUGUUUAUAAUAUCAUUGGUACUCCUAGGGCCCAUUUUACAAAAGAACUUUGGACAACUCAUUGGAUUUAACUUUCAAACCAAAGUUUUUGGCCACAAUAAAUUGCUUAUAGCCCUAUUUUAAGAUGAAAUAUUAUACCUAUUUGAAAAAAUUAAAGUAGACCAAAAAAAGAUCUAAUAAAUUCAGUGAAAAGUUCUUUAUCAAAACCAGCCCUUAGUUUACCCCAUCAAUUGAUAUUGCCCAGUGGUGCUAAAACAAGCCGUGCAAUCAUGUUCAUAAUCAUGUUAUUAUAUACAUAUAUGGUACGUGUAUGGACAGAGUCUGUUCAUUCCCCAUAAAUGGUUUAAUUUUUGUAUCAACAAUUGGUCCAAUACCUGUUUGUACUUUGUAGAGCUACUUUAUAGUUGGGAAAGUACUUUCGUUGGACCUGUAAAUAGUUGCAUUGAGGAAUAUUCAUGAAAAUUAUAUCCAUACUUUGUGAUCAAGCAGUCAUCACAUCCAGGUGAGAUAGAAACGAAAGUGUUAACUUAAGCCCAAAAAAGUAGGUAUCAAUAUUUUAUGAAUAUCAUUCAGCAUGCUUUGUAUUACUUUAUGACAUUAAAUCCAUGACAGUUAGUAGUGUUAGGGUUAAUGUUAGUGUUGCUGCAAAAUGACGCAAUAUCUUUGUUGCCCUGUCAACUUUGUCACAGUUUCAUAAGACUAGUGCAAUUAUCACACCCUUUUCCUUUUUUUCUUCAAUGAUUUUGAGUUUUUUACUUGAAAAUUUCCUGAACUAUCCAUUUAACUUUAUUU